AUGAUUCUUCGUGUGAUAAAAUUCAUAGUUUUAUGUGCAUUUUUAAGGCGCUUAUCGCUGUGUAUAUGUGAUGCUAAGACAAGUGUUGUUGAUAAAAAUGAAAAGGAUAAAAAUAAAACGACUUUAUAUCCGAAUAUUUUAGAGCAGAAAGAGCGGGAUGGUUAUAAAGUAUACAACGUGGGUGUUUUGAUGGCUUCUCAUCUCAACUCUCCAUUUGACCUUGAGAGAUGUGGACCUGCUAUUGAUAUCGGACUCGAGAGAAUAAAUAGGGAGUUUCUGGAUCAUCACAAAGUGUUUCUUAAUAAAGUUCAGAAGAGUUAUCCAUACUGCUCUGGAAAUAUGUCGCCUGGACUUGCUGCUGACAUGUACUUCAAGGAGCAUGUUAUCUCUUUUAUCGGACCAGCAUGUGCUUUCGCUUUAGAACCAGUUGCAAGACUAGCAGACUAUUGGAAUAUUCCUAUCAUAACUGGAAUGGGAGAUCAGCCUCCAACUGAAGGGGAAUUGACAGUUACUUCUGGUAUAUUAGGUCGUAUUACACAUAAAUGGAAGAACGAAAGCUCAUUCUUCAAAGACAAAUCACGUUAUGCAACACUCACAAGAAUGUCCUACUGCCAAUGCAGACUUAAACUUGUAUUUGCCAGUAUUUUUAAAGAGUUCAACUUCAGGCAUGUCGCUCUCCUUCUCGACAGGUCUGAUCUAUUUUCACUAACAGUGGGAAAGAAUCUAGAAUAUGGACUAAAAGAAGAUGGAGUUUUAAAGUUUGUUAAAGAACUUAAUGGCAAUGAACUUCUGCAUGAUGGAAAACUUAAUAAGUCUGAAAAUGAUAGAAGAAUGAGGGAACUAAAAACAUAUUUAAAGGACGCAUCUAUGUAUUCACGUGUGAUAAUAUUAUCUGUACGAGGACAGCUAGUUCGAAAGUUUAUGAUAGCUGCAUAUGAACUGGGGAUGACAAAAGGUGAUUGGACAUUUCUAGAUGUCGAGAUCUUUCAAUCUGCUUAUUGGGGUGAUCAUAAUUGGGAAGAGGACGAUGAUAAUGACAUGACAGCACGAAAAGCUUUCGAAGCUCUCUUGAGAGUUUCCUUAUUGCAACCAACAAGUCCGAAAUUUAAUCAAUUUGCCGAGGAAGUGAGAAGAAUCGCAAGACAAAAGUAUGACUAUACAUUUUAUGAAGGCGAAGAGGUGAACUUUUUCAUUGGUGCAUUUUACGAUGGUGUUCUGUUACUUGGUAUGACAUUGAAUGAGACACUUACGGAAGGUGGUGAUAUCCACGAUGGUGUUGGAUUAACAAGAAAAAUGUGGAACAGGACAUUCCAGGGAAUAACAGGCGUUGUAAGAAUUGACGAUAAUGGCGAUAGAGAUGCUGAUUAUUCACUGCUUGAUUUAGAUCCCGUGACUGGACGUUUUGAAGUCGUUUCUCAUUAUUAUGGUGCAAAUCGGAGCUUAGUUUCAGUGCCAGGGAAACAUAUUCACUGGCCGGGGUCAAGAGACGGUCCACCACCCGACGUGCCUGAAUGCGGUUUUCUCGGAAAUGAUCCAGACUGUCAAGGAAACGGUAUAAGAAUAACACGCGUCCGUCCAGUUACACAUGAUGAUGAUUAUAAUUUAAAUUAUGCAAUAUUCUUGACUUUAUUUUUUAUUAUCACAUUUGGAAGUUUUAUUUACAUCUUUUAUUAUAUUUAUUGCAAAUAA